AUGACUCCCGCACAGGACAUCACCGGCGGCGUCAACACGCUCGCACGCACCGUGUCGAACAGCCUCAACCUCAGUACGAGCCCGAACCUCUCUUUCCACAGCCCACCUUCCACAUUCCGGCAGCCACCGCCAGGCAGCACAAAUGCGCUCUCCACGGCCUCGCAGCUUGCGAAACAGCUGAAGCCGUUCGACACAAAGGAUAUUAAGGUUCUGCUCUUGGAAAACGUGAAUGAAGCGGGUAUCGACAUUUUAAGAGGACAGGGUUAUCAGGUUGAAGCGAUCAAGAGCAGCUUAUCCGAGGAUCAGUUGAUUGAGAAGAUUCGCGAUGUGCAGGUCAUCGGCAUUCGGUCCAAGACCAAGCUCACCGAGAGGGUGUUGAAGGAAGCGAAGAACUUGAUUGUCAUCGGUUGCUUCUGCAUUGGAACGAACCAGGUCGACCUCCAGACUGCUGCGCAGCAGGGUAUCGCAGUCUUCAACUCGCCCUUCAGCAACUCGCGCUCCGUCGCCGAACUCGUCAUUUCAGAGAUCAUUGCGCUCGCCCGCCAGCUUACCGACCGCUCAAUGGAACUUCACAAUGGCACAUGGAACAAGGUCAGCAAAGGCUGCUGGGAGAUUCGCGGCAAGACGUUGGGCAUAGUCGGCUACGGACACAUUGGCAGCCAGUUGAGCGUGUUGGCUGAGUCCAUGGGCAUGAAUGUCAUCUACUACGAUGUCCUGACUAUGAUGAGCCUGGGAACAGCACGGAAUGUAGCAUCAUUGGACGAUUUGCUGGCAGAGGCCGACUUCGUCUCCCUACACGUUCCCGCGACCUCAGAAACGAAGAACCUCAUUGGAGCCAAGGAGCUGGCAAAGAUGAAGGAUGGCAGCUACCUCAUCAACAAUGCCCGCGGCACCGUAAUCGACAUCCCCGCCCUCAUCGAAGCCUCCCGCAGCGGCAAGCUCGCUGGUGCAGCGAUCGACGUGUUUCCCCACGAACCAGCGGGUAACGGAGACUACUUCUCCAACGACCUCAACAGCUGGACCAAGGACCUUGUCGGCCUCAAGAACAUCAUCCUUACCCCACAUAUCGGUGGAAGCACUGAGGAGGCUCAAAGCGCUAUUGGCGUUGAGGUUUCAACAGCCCUUGUGCGGUAUGUGAAUGAGGGAGCGACGCUAGGCGCGGUGAACAUGCCAGAAGUCAAUUUGAGGAGUGUGACCGUGGACAAGGAGGACGAUGUGAGGGUUAUCUAUAUCCAUAAGAACGUGCCCGGUGUGCUGCGACAAGUGAAUGGCAUCCUCCUUCACCACAACAUCGACAAGCAGAUGUCCGACUCGAGAGGUGAAGUUGCGUAUCUCAUGGCAGAUAUCAGUGAUGUCAAGGAGGGGGAGAUUAGGGAUCUCUUCCAGAGCUUGCAGGAGCUUUCUUGUAAGUUUACCCCAAAACUAGGUGUUACGCGUUUACUAAUAUGCAAUAGCGUGUAUCCGAACGAGAGUUCUUUAUUAGAUGCAGGUAUUGAGUGUUCGGUCGCUAGGUUGCCGAUUGAGGCAGACGCGAGGGGUGGUCAUAUAUAG